UCAUUCCCUUACGGAUUUCCUUCGGCCCCUCCCACCGGGCACGCGCUGCGCCAUUAGGGGCGGGGCUUGCCGGAGCAGCAUGAUGGCGGCGGCCGAGGCCGGAGGCGAAGAGGGUGGCUCGGGAGCGGCCGGGGAGCCGGGGGGACACGGCUGCCCUCCGGCCACCAGCGCUGCCCACAGCGGGAAAAGCUCUCCUUCCUCUGCCGCCGCUUCGGUGCUUUCCGGCGACACCUGCCCUCCAGGCGCCUCUCCCGUGCUCCACCCGAGGCCUGCUGCUGCUGCUACCGGCCCUGAGGAGAUGGCCAAGGCCUCGCCGGCGUUGCCGCUUCAGCUUCUCGAGGGCGGCGGCGGCGGAAUUGUGCCCUCAGCUUCGGCUUCGGGAGGCUUCCCACCGCUGCCGCCGCCACCUCAGCCGCCGCUUCCGGCCGGGGGCCUGAGCACCGUGGACGAGGGCGACUCGCUGGACGGGCCCGAGUACGAGGAGGAGGAGGUGGCUAUCCCGCUCAACGCGCCCCCCACCAACCAGUGGUAUCAUGGGAAGCUUGACAGAACAAUUGCAGAAGAACGCCUUCGACAAGCAGGGAAACCUGGAAGUUACCUUAUUCGAGAGAGUGAUAGAAGGCCUGGAUCAUUUGUCCUCUCAUUCCUUAGUAAAACCAGUGUUGUUAAUCACUUUAGGAUUAUUGCAAUGUGUGGUGACUAUUACAUUGGUGGACGACGAUUUUCUUCACUUUCAGACCUCAUAGGUUAUUACAGCCAUGUGUCUUGUUUGCUUAAGGGAGAAAAAUUGUUGUUUCCUGUGGCACCUCCAGAGCCAGUGGAGGACCGCAGGCGAGUCCGAGCCAUUCUGCCAUACACUAAAGUGCCAGAAACAGAUGAAAUAAGCUUUCUUAAAGGAGACAUGUUUAUUGUUCACAAUGAAUUAGAAGAUGGAUGGAUGUGGGUUACAAAUCUACGUACAGAUGAACAAGGCCUUAUAGUAGAAGACCUAGUGGAGGAAGUAAGCCGAGAGGAAGAUCCACAUGAAGGAAAAAUAUGGUUCCAUGGUAAGAUCUCCAAACAAGAGGCAUAUAGCUUGCUGAUGACAGUUGGUCAGGUGUCAGGUUUUCUUGUGCGACCUUCUGACAACACACCUGGAGAUUACUCUUUGUAUUUUCGUACCAGUGAAAACAUACAGCGCUUUAAAAUAUGUCCAACACCAAACAACCAGUUUAUGAUGGGAGGACGGUACUAUAACAGUAUUGCUGACAUUAUUGAGCACUAUAGAAAGGAACAAAUUGUUGAAGGCUACUACCUGAAAGAUCCUGUUCCAAUGCAGCACCAAGGACAAGUACUUAAUGAAACAGUAGAUGGAAAAGAAAUCUACAAUACAAUUCGUCGUAAAACAAAGGAUGCAUUCUACAAGAACAUUGUCAAAAAAGGCUAUCUUCUGAAAAAGAGUAAAGGAAAGCGGUGGAAGAACUUGUAUUUUAUUUUAGAAGGGAAUGAUGCUCAACUUAUUUAUUUUGAAAGUGAAAAGCGAGCCACUAAACCCAAAGGACUGAUAGACCUUAGUGUGUGUUCUGUGUACGGUGUACAUGAUAGUCUGUUUGGCAGGCCAAACUGUUUUCAAAUAGUAGUUCAGCACUUUAGUGAAGAACAUUACAUCUUUUACUUUGCAGGAGAAACUCCAGAACAAGCACAGGAUUGGAUGAAAGCUUUGCAGACAUUUUGCAAUUUAAGAAAAACUAGUCCAGGAACAUCUAAUAAACGACUACGUCAGGUCAGCAGUCUUAUACUACAUGUGGAAGAAGCCCAUACACUUCCAGCAAAGCAUUUUACUAAUCCUUACUGUAAUAUCUACCUAAAUAGUGUACAGGUAGCAAAAACACAUGUACGAGAAGGACAGAAUCCUGUGUGGUCAGAAGAGUUUGUGUUUGAUGAUCUUUCAUCUGAUAUCAAUAGAUUUGAAAUCAGUCUUAGUAACAAAACGAAGAAGAGUAAAGACCCAGAUAUAUUGUUUAUGCGAUGUCAGUUGAGCCGACUUCAGAAAGGACAGGCGACAGAUGAGUGGUUUCAGCUCAGUUCACACAUACCUCUGAAAGGCAUUGAACCAGGCUCUUUACGUGUCCGAGCACGGUAUUCAAUGGAGAAAAUAAUGCCAGAAGAGGAAUACAGUGAGUUUAAAGAGUUGGUACUGCAGAAAGAGCUGCAUGUGGUUUAUGCCUUGUCACGUGUGUGUGGACAAGAUCGAACGCUGCUGGCUAGCAUUUUACUGAAAAUUUUUCUCCAUGAAAAACUGGAGGCAUUAUUACUGCGAACACUAAAUGACAGAGAAAUAUGUGUGGAAGAUGAAGCCACUACCUUAUUCCGGGCCACGACACUGGCAAGUACACUUAUGGAGCAGUAUAUGAAAGCCACAGCCACACGCUUCGUUCACCAUGCUCUGAAAGAUUCUAUUUUAAAGAUAAUGGAUAGCAAGCAAUCUUGUGAGUUAAAUCCGUCAAAAUUAGAAAAAAAUGAUGAUGUAAAUACAAAUUUAGCACAUCUUCUGAGCAUCCUUUCAGAGCUGGUGGAGAAAAUAUUUAUGGCUGCAGAAAUACUACCCCCGACAUUGAGAUAUAUUUAUGGUUGUUUACAAAAGUCUGUUCAAAAUAAGUGGCCAGCCAACACAACCAUGAGAACAAGAGUAGUUAGUGGUUUUGUUUUUCUUCGACUAAUUUGUCCUGCCAUUCUGAAUCCAAGAAUGUUUAAUAUCAUCUCAGAUUCUCCUUCUCCUACUGCUGCAAGAACACUGACGCUGGUCGCCAAGUCUGUGCAGAAUCUAGCAAAUUUAGUUGAGUUUGGGGCAAAGGAGCCCUAUAUGGAAGGUGUAAAUCCUUUUAUCAAGAGUAACAAACAUCGAAUGAUCAUGUUUUUGGAUGAACUUGGGAAUGUACCUGAACUUCCAGACACUACAGAGCCUUCUAGAACUGACUUGUCACGUGAUCUAGCAGCCCUUCAUGAAAUCUGUGUAGCACAUUCUGAUGAGCUGCGAACACUGAGUAAUGAACGAGGGGCAAUGCAGCAUGUGUUGAAAAAGCUGCUGGCAAUUACAGAACUGCUUCAACAAAAGCAAAAUCAGUAUUCUGUGUCUAACAGCAUCAGGUAGCAGCUUUCUGCUUGAUCCAGCAUGUUCAGUACGACAACUUUCACGAUAUCACUUACUCUUUGCUCUUGCCAAAAAUAGAACACACAUUUCACGUUUCCAGUGAUGUGUGAACUAUGCAAAACACAAAAACAAAAACAAAGAUCCUGUUGGUGACUGAACAUACCAGCAGCUUUAAGCUAUCUGUGCAGGACACUUGCACUUUCUUCCACUUGGAACCAAUUUUCACAACCUCUCUGAGCCUUGGUGUGUACUUCACCUUCCACAAAGAAGAUGCUGUGACUGUCUCUUGAACUUUCAAUUUGUUUCAAGAACUCCAAUUGCCAAAGUCUUGCUGUCUUUUGGGGAAAAAUACAGCCAAUUGCCAAGGAAGUGUUUUGACAGCAAAGUAUAACUGGAUAGAACACACUUUACUGUAAUUUGAUCAGUUACAACUAUAUUAGGACUGUUCCGCUACCUUGAAAUAUAUUUACAGCUUCCAGAAUUUGAUAGGAAAUCUUUGCUGUACACUUUUUAUACCAUUUGAUUUCUCUUGUUUAGAGUUGUACUGAAAUAAUAUGCAUAUUGGGUUUUGUCAGCUUUUUUAAAGAAAAUGGUGCCACUUAUUGUUUUGAAUGAUGUUUCCCAUCAAGGACUGUAUAUUCAGAUAAAUCAGUGCUUUUUGUAAAAUGUUUACAACGGUAAAUAAUUUGAAUUCAUAUUAAGUUUAUUGAUUAUUGUAUCGGGCAUGCAUGCACUCAUUAAACACUUUUGUAGCAUAA